AAAAGAAAACAGAGCGCAUCCAAGAGCAUCGCCACCGGCAGUCUAUAGGCAUCAGAGCUCCGACUUUUGGGCACAACUUUUGAAUAAAAUAGCCAUCCAAGCUGUCAACUAGAAACAGUGACAUGGAUUUACUGUCACCAAAUGUCAGCAUUGCUAGCUUUGAAGAAAUGAGCAUAUCAGAAAAGGCAGACUGCAAGGAGAAACUAUCAUGGUCUGAUGGUCAGAGCUGUGGUUACCCGGACUGCAUCUACUUUGCUGCAGCUGGCAUUUUUCAGAAUAUUCAUGUGGAAAAGCCUCUUGAUCGUAAAUUAGUGAGUUAUGGCACUGUCAGAAAGGAGCCGAUGAUGGAAAUAAAAGAUGAGACGUCCAAGCAUCUGUCAUUUGAACUAGCAUUCAGCGCCUUGAAGUAUCAGGAUUUAUUGGAAGAUCUGCUUGUUGACAGCUAUUUCUACUCUUCUCAAACAAUUCCUGAUGACCUUAACAGCUUAGUUGUGGUAAUGUUGUAUGACUUCCAAGACCGAAAGUUUCAACCCAGAGUGUGCUGUUCUGAUGAGGAGAUUGAAGAUGUAAGACAAGUGGAAAAAUAUCUGUUCAGUUAUAAAACAAAACUGGCUGCUUCCCUGGCUCGCUGUCGUAUUAAGCAUGAUAUUCCUUCUAUUGAUUUUAUUUUACCUGAAACUGUAAGGAAAAAGCAAGAGAAUGCCUCAACUCUUCCCCUUUAUGCAUGGGUGAAUACUUUCAAAGCAAGCCUUGAAGAUGUUUGCUGUUCCUUAGAGAAAGAGGGAUUUUCAAAAGUGAAAUCAAUCACUGAAUUUGAGGGAUUAACUUUCUGCCAGGACUUGCACUGCGAGGAUUUGUUGAUUUUCCCUGCUCACCUAAAAUAUGACCUUUGUGGGAUGGAGGUUUUUAAAGACAAUAAGCUAGUUAUUCAGGAUAAAUCUCGUAGUUUGGCUGUACAUGCUGUGAAGGCCUUGGUGAACACAGAUGAUGAUAUCCUCAUCGUGAAUGCAGCGUCGGGUUUGACAGUCACUCACCUGUCUGCAGUGCUUACUCUUGGAACGGGCAAAAUAUUUGCAUGUGGUGUAAAAUCAGAAUUGGAUCAGGAGCAACUACAAAAUCUGUUCAUGCAACUGGAGUGUAAAAAUAUAAAAAUGCUGCCAGAGAAUUUCAAAGAUAUUGAACCAACAGACUCAAGGCUACAGAAGGUUAAAAUUAUUUUGCUUUUGCCUCAGUGCUCAGAAUCUGGAGUUAGCAACCCAGUUGAGUUUAUCCUAAAUGAAAAAGGAGAUCCUGGACUUCUCCAAGACCUUUCCCAAGGAUCAAUAUCAGAAGAUAAAAUGAAUGUCCUUGUUGAGAGCCAAACACAGGAUCUGACACAUGCACUAAAAUUUCCUAAAGUGCAAGCUGUCGUCUACAGCACAUGUUCAAUUUACCCAGAAGAGAAUGAAGAGCUUGUGAUGAAAAUAUUGCAGGACCAACCUGAAGGGAAUAAACUACAGCCUUACAGGAUCAGCCCACCAUCACUCCCUCUGUCCUGUGCCUCUGAUCUAAACAGCCCCCGCAAUCUUUUUUUCAAGAUGGAUCCAUCUGAGAUUGCCAAUGCCUGCUUUGUGGCUGUUUUAACACGAGCGGAAGAUCUUACAUUUACUGCUCCUAAACACAUUUUAGCUCGGGCGAUGGCAAAAGGAAUUUUAGAUGGUAUCAGCCCUCCGAAAUCACCAAAGAAAGACAGAAGAAAAUCAAAGUCAACAGUACGGUUAAACUUCUCCAGCAGUGGGACCCAGGCCAAAAUUGCAGAGUUUAUAAACCAAGAAUGUAAAGAUGGGACAAUCAGCAGAGUGAAUAACAAUACUAGUGGCAACAAUUUUCAUCGAGCACAAUUAAACUCUAACAUGGCCAGUUCCUCCCGGAGACUGCCAGGUCCAUCUUUUACGAGUCCCCGGCGGAGCUUUAAUAAUGGCGCCAGCAUUAUUCAGCCUGUACCAGUGAGACCCAGAAAAGAAGACAAAAUGAGAGUCCUGAAACCAGUCGAGCUGGUUUUCCCACCAGUUACACUGCCUUGUUGCAACUCCUUAGUAAAUAAAAGGCAAACCACUCCUCGCCUCUCAUAUAUUCAUUGGAGGGGAACCAAUGUGAAUGUGAGGACCUCACUAGCAAGAUCUUACUCAGUGCAUGUGGCUAAAUCCAAAGAGACUCUACGCCCCCCACUGGUAUAUCACCCACGCCCCUGGUGUUGAGAACAAAAAACGGAUUCAACCUUUGGCUGAUUUUCUGUUCCCUCUUCUCUCAGUUUGACUCACAGGAUCCAGAGCCUAAUGGGAGGACGCAAAUACCAGGCGUAGAUGGGGAUGCUGGGACAACAAUGUACCUCUUUGCAGAGCAUGAUUCACUUUGCUUGUCUGAUUUGAAAGGAAAUUUGAACAACUCAUUCUAGCUUAUUUUCUAAUCUGAUCUAAGAAGUGAACAUGAACUCAUUGUGAUUGGGAGACUCUGUGGUCAGAGGCCUUGAAAGGGACAAGCCAUCUGAAGUGCUACAACCUCAUUUUUAGAUGCUGAAAAUAGAAGAAAUGGGAGAACAAUGAACAACAGCAAUAAACUCCAUUACAAUGGGCUUGAAACAUGAGCACAGCGUUUCUCCAUCACGAUGAGUCAAGGCUUUCAUCAGCAUUGCUUGGGCGCUUUGGGUCAUGUCAUCGUCGGUAUCUGUGCCUGCCAUCAUAUUGUGGCAGCUUUUCUAAUCUCGUAUUGGCCAAAGAAAGAUCAACAAUAUCAGCAACAUACUGUAAAUCCCAGCCAUCUGGCAACAUUGCCCAUGCAUUACAGUUAGGGAAUGGCGUGCGGACGUAUGGGACUUGAUCUUCUAGAAACGGUUUUACAUCUUAGUUGAACAAGUGCAGUAAUGCUGGUCUCUGGUUGUCUUGCACCCACUUGAUAUAUAAAAUAUACGUAUAAAGUGACAAUUUCCCUGUCUGGCAUACUCGGCCCACUAUUAAAUGGAAAGAUCAUGUCACAUUUUGCAACUUUUCUGGCAAUUUUCAGUUGUAACCCUCAUUUUAAUAGUCUUAGUGAGUCUGAGGCAUUCUGUGAUGUGAUCCUGUGAAGUCAGCUGCCUAAUGUUACAUAUUCAAUGGUCAGCUUCAACCACAGCUUCCUCCGAUAAAAUCAAGCAAGUUUGAUUUUUUUCUUUAGUCGUAUGGGUAAGCUCUGUGUGGAUGAGAGCCGACAACCAAUGAAUGCUCAUCCGGAAGUACAAUGCAUGUAAUGCAGUGAUGAAGAAUGAGGAAUAUGGGGGUUUUGGAAUUCACAACCAAAAUGAUGCCUUGCAUUUAGUGUACCACAGCAGAAUGGAAAAGGAAAAAAGGGUUAAGACUGUGACUAAAGUCUCCAUACCUGUUAAUCCCUCGUACAACACCAGCACUGCUGUUGGCUGUCAUAAAAAGAGUUGAGCACGACUGCACUGGAAGAUCGUCAUGUUGACACUAAAUCACUAAAUAUAACAUGUCCAUUGAAUUAGAGUCAAGUAAUUGAUAUGGUUCAGUGACAAGAUCAGCAUCAGUCAGGAAGUCUAACAUACCCACAACUAAAAGACACAUAAUGUGACAUCGGUUUUAAGUCCUGGUGCAAAAAAAGUGUGCACAAGGGAAAAGAACCCAACAAAAUUGGUAAAGGAGGCAGGAAUGGAAAAUGAAGUCAUUCAGUUACUCCAUAGACACACUGAAAAACCAAAGCAUAGUUGAAUUUGUAGGUCACAACGGUUAUAUUGCUUAUAAACGUGCUCAAGAUGUCAAGUAGUUCUAAGAGCAAACUCAUUUGUUACAGAAGAGUGGAAUGACCUUUGUUUUAUACACCUGCCCAUAAAAAGAAGAUCUUCUCACCUACAGUACUGAAGACCUAACAGGAUCAACCUCAAGAAAGUGAGUCGAGCUGAGAGCGGAGCACAGGAAGUGCCCUCACUGACCUGCAGGCAUCGAACGCAGGUGGACGACUGACCCCCGACAAAGCCGGCGCUCCUCUGAGAGAAAUGGAAUGGAAUAAAUGAACCUUUAAUUAAGUGAGCUAAAUUCAAUUUCACUUGGAAAUUUAUAUUUGUAUAUUUUUAUACAUUUUAAUUAAAAAGUACAUUUAGUGAGUAUAACAAGAAAAUAUUUUUUGUACUAAUUCAAAUUUAUUGUAUGUAGCUACAGAGAUGAAAAUACAAUAAAA